CCAGUACCUGAGUGAUGACGUCAUCAUAGCAGCGCGGGGCAGCACGGGAAGUGUCCGUCGCCUGUCUGUGACCUGGAGCCAACUGUAUACGUAACUGAAGCUGAGUUUGAAUGCAAGUCGUUUCUAGUGAAUAACAAUAUAUCUGAGGAAUAAGAUGGAGUACAGAAAAGAUGAGAUGUGGAGUGAGUAUGAGCGGCUUCCUAGACAUCGCCUGCCUCCACGUGAAAUUCCUCCAGAUGGUGAAUAUCACAGAGUAGUAAAUGUCGUUAGAAGGCCAGAGGAUGAAGGGUGUCAUCGUUAUGACGAUUACAAUGAUCCAGAUUACAGAGAUUAUGAAGAUGCUCAUGGCUAUGAAAGACGAAGUGGACCAUACAGAGGGGAAGAUCCAGCAUACAGAUGGCCACGUGGUGAUCCCUACAUGAGUCGCCACUCUGAUUUUGGGUCUUAUACAAGGCUACAUAGAGCCACAGAAGUUACUGCAAGUUGCUUUUCCAGGCCAUUAUCAACCAAAGAAAGAAUAGCCUGUUCUGACAUAUUUAUUACAGACCACAGGGAAGGCUUCAGGAGAAAACCUUUAUAUCACCAUGCGUAUGUGCGAGAUCACUCACCACUCAGAAGAGAGUCCUCCUAUUUCCGAGAAUCUCCUGUUACCCGAAAAGAUUCUCCACACAGUAGAUCUGGCUCCAGUGUCAGCAGCAGGAGCUAUUCUCCAGACAAGGGCAAAACAUUAGCCUCCCAUCAACACAGAAGCAAGGAAAGACCCAGUUCACAUGUCCUAAAAUCUUCAAAAGAUCCAUCUCCAUCAAGCUCAGCCGCGGGUCCUUCAACAAAGACUGUAGAACUAGAUAAAGGAAAUCGCAUCACGGACACUGCUUUCGUGGAAGCUGCUUGCAAAUGGAUAUCUGAGAAAAUGGAGAAGGUGUCUGAAAGCAAUUUACCAGAAGUAACCGAAGAAUUAUCAAAAGUUGGCUCCUCAUCUGCAUUGUUUGGGGAUCAAGCAGCAGAAAAUGAGGCAAAUGUAACUGGAAAUUCAGAACUUUUUGAACCCGCUCCACUUAGCAACCGCUCAAAAGCGAUAGCAGUAAAGACCAAAGAAAUUGAAGAGGUGUACAGGCAGGAUUGCGAGACUUUUGGCAUGGUCGUGAAGAUGCUGAUAGACAAGGACCCGUCCCUUGAAAAACAGGUCCAGUUUGCAUUACGGCAGAAUUUAAGUGAAAUCGGCGAGAGAUGUAUUGAAGAGCUGAAAUUGUACAUUGCAGAAUAUGAUGCAGCUCCUCAGGACCUGGCAUAGCAUGUAUAUAGAAUUACUGUGGGUUUAACUUUUUUUUUUUCUUGGACUUUCUUUAUAACCUAUAACAUAUAGAUAUGUCCGAUGCUAAGAUACAGUUAGUGUAACUGGUAUUUUCAUAGGUAUCGCACAUUAUUACGCUUUAUUAUAAUUUUUUUGUAAGUUACAAAGUAGAAAUGUUUAAAUGUAGAUGAUAAAUAGGCUGAGCUGUAGGUGGGUAUUUUAUUCAUAGUUUUCUUUGAUUUGUUUUUACUGCAGUAUUUGUAUAAUAUGUAACAUUUACUGUUUGUUUGUAGUAAUUGCAUUCCUAGAUCUGUCAAUUCCGUAAAUUCACUAAAUGUAGAAUGUUUAAAAUGUUCUUUUGUUUUAUUUUAUUUUUAAUUUUAUGAAUAUCUCUGGAAAUUACCAUUUCCUUCUGUACAGCAUCAUUGUUAUUUUACAUGAGAAAGCUGUUUAAUACCAUGUAUUGUAAAUACAUGUACCUGAUAAAGUAAUUGUCCAUAAACACUGAGAAAGAGGUUGAUCCUAAUGAAAUGGGCACAAAGAAAUACAACAAAUAUCGUAUGGAUCAACCUGUAUUAUCGAUGCCCAUUGCAAACUCAUUCUUUUGUGAAAAGUAGAAAUGCUUAAAGUAUAUACAGAAGGGUGUUUGGUUCAAUUCUUGUGCCACAAAAAGUUUGAUUUAAGAAUAAAUUAAACACUUUAGAAAAUAUUUAUGUAGGCUAAAAAUGAUCUGCAGGUUACUGUGAGAAUAUAUUACUGUAUCCUAUAGGAAUAAGAUUGAUUUGUUUAUAUGGGUCACCCUGUUACCUGUGCAAUAGUUUUUGUAGAGUGGUUAGUGUUCAACUUAAAUGGGUCACUCAAGUAGUUUAUAACAACAUCAAGUAUCACAGAGAUUACAAUUCAGAAUAUACCUGGAGUUACAUCUAUAUUGCAAUUUUAUUAUAUGUUCUUUUUAAACUUUGAUUUUUCCACAUCAGAAGAGUAUAUAAAUGAAAACCUAUCCUUGCUGACAAAAUACAAUGUGUCAUUUGACUUUA